AUGGCUUCUUUCGAUGAUAGACGUGGUUUAGCAAGUUCUGUUGAGCCUUUCAACUCUGGUGCAGGUAUUAUGCAUCAUCAAAUCAAGCUGGAUGUGUUUUUGAUUAAGGGAUAUCAGGUUGUCUCGAGAAAUGCCGUUAUCGAUGGUGAUGCGAUGAGCUCGAUGAGUGCAUCUCCGACGUCAUCAACAGUUGGUUCUGAUCAGGCGUUCGAGAAACCGCUGUUGCAUUUCCAGGAGCUCUCAAAACUAUACAAUGUAACGAUCCAGGUGCAGGUACUAGAUGACGGUGGAACAUCGCCUAAGUCCGCCAUAGAACUUUGCCAGCGGUUCCAACAAAUCCUCAAAGAGUUGGAGCUAAGCUAUGAAGUUAGUCCGUAUGCGAAAUAUUUUAAAAGGCUUAGCACAGAUGGUGAACGUAGCCUGUGGCAAGUUAGAGAUGAUGCGGAGCUGCAGGGUGAUGCCGUAUGGGUUUCAGUUUCUGCAAAUAUAAAAAAGCUAUACAAUUCGGAACAUGGGCGGUUGGAUUCUAUCCAAAGUAAACGCCGCAGUGCAGCUACCUCUGUCAGGAAUUCGCCACGUCAUAUGAAAGAUGACCCCGUAUCUUACCAACAGCUGAAGAGGAAGCUAACGCAGUUACAGGCCAACUCUGAGAACAGUCCGGGAAACAAGAAAAACAAAGAUGAUGGAGGUAGUGCUAACGAUGGAACCUGUAAAGUAUCAAAUCCCAAUAUUCUCGACUUUUUGAGUAACGGGCAUUUGAAAAAUAAGUUUAAUGACAGCGAUGCACUACUGCGGGGCUACUAUACAAUGCCAACAUCGCCGACCUCUCUGUGGAACGCCAUGAAUCUGAACACUAGUAGGAGACGUGAUUUUCAAAACCCUCCAGAAAAUGACCCUGUGGAGGAGCUUUUGCAGUUAACAGCAACAGCAUCCUCGGCGCCAGCAGCCUCGGUAACAGCAGCGGCAACAUCAAAUGGCAAUACGGAUGAUCCCAGCGAUGACCCGCUCAGCCUGGAACCCACUGCUAAAGACCUCCAGAAAGACGACAACGAUGCAGCUGCCACAGCAACCAUUGGAUCCAGCAUAACUUCUGAAUUACCCAUGAUCACUGACGUACCGAACAUCCCAACAAACCCAUUGACGAUUAAAGAAACAGACCUGUAUGAUAGAUUACUACAGGAGAAAGACGAAAAAAUUAUAGAACUCGGAAGACAGCUCAAGAAUGAGCGUGACGAAAUACAAUGGCUCAGAAAGUUACUUUUGGAAGACAUUGGCUGCAUACGAAGCAUGCUAAAAGAAUUGAGAGACCGGUAG